AUGGACGAACAGGACGGGGAGCUGUCGCGACUUAUCGUCGACGCGUCCACGGCGGACGGCGUCUCGUCGCAGGUCAGCCCCAGCAUGUCCUACGUGACGGAUCGCGAGACGGUCUACCGCAGCGGCAGCGGCCACGCGACUGUCGCCGAGACUCACCUCAUUCGCUCUGUCGGCUCGCAGUCGCAGUCCUACACCGAGGAGCACUGGAGCAGCGAAAUCACGAGCUUCGUCGCCUUGGCGCCGCCCAAGUUCAUCCAGGUUCGAAGAUCAAACUGAACAGAGAGCUGGGUUAUGCAAGUAUGGGAAAGAACCACUGAACUUAAAAUAUGAAUUUUCAAAACAGAUCCUAAGAAAAGUUCAAGCUCAAGAAAUAAAAAACUAGAAAAACAGACGCUGAAGUUCAUAAAAAUGUUCUUUCUGGAUAUUUCCACACUGUAGAAGCCCGCUCAACAGGACGAAUUUUUCAAGUUUGGACUUCCUUUAAAUUAUAUCAGAUUACUCCUUGAUAAAUUUUCUGAAAUCCUCAAACUCAACCAAUUUUUUGAGAAAGAGAAACUAAAGAAUUUCGUGUUUUGCCAGGUUAUCAAAGCCUAUCGAGUUCUGAGUUCUGACACGGUGAGUCUUGUGGUGGAAGUCGCGUCGGACCCCCCAGCAUUCUUCGAAUGGUUCUGCAACGAGAGAUCUGUCCUGCAGGUGCGGAUCCUUUCAUAGAAACCAUUCAAUCAGAUUUCACAGGACCGAGGCCGAUUCCAAGUGGCUCACGGCAUCAAUAUCACUCGUCUGAUCGCCCAGAGACCCGAGGAAGGCGUCUAUAAAUGCGUGGCUCGGAAUCCUGCCGGUAUGAGCACCAGCUACGGUUACAUCACCGUCAACUGUAAGAAAAAAAAAUAGUUAUGUUAAAAAUUUUCUGUAUUUCAGUCGAUCGAGACUUGCAGUCGUCGUUAGAGGACGUGAGCGAAACUAGGAAAGCUACUGUUACCAUCCAUCAAGCGCCUAGAUUUAUUUCUCAAGUUCGUUUGUAAUCAAUUAUUCAUGAGCUACAAGUCUUACAGGUGCCAAACCUUUGUGUAACUGCUGGAAGCGCGGUUGUGAUUGAUGUCGAAGUGGAUGCAAAUCCUCCAGCGAGGUGAGAUUUCUCCGAGUUUCAACGAAAAUUUUUUGCUAAAUUCUCCUUUUUGAUGAAGCAACACAUUUAUUUUAAAGUUGUUAGCAGAAAAGCUGAGCAAGACGUUUGAAAAAGAUAACUUUAAAAACAAAAAUUCUUAAAUUUUUAUAUCCACUUGACAGGGAAAUCGAACUCUAAGCGAAAACGUUGGAACUUUUUGGAUAGACUGAUUCAACUUUUAAAAAAUUAGACUUCUAACUUUUCUCUACGAUUUCUACCUAAUCAAAAUCUUCUAUUUUUUAGAUUCUCCUGGUUUGUCAAUGGAAAAGAAUACCGCGACAGCACAAACAACGUUGAAAUGUUCACGCCUUCUCCCAACCGAAGCAUCGUUCGUUUUUCUCUGCCGAUUGCCGGCGAGUACAAGGUUUGGCAGUUUUUAACAUCAAUUGAAAAAUUGAAUUUUUCAAGGUCGUGGCCUCAAAUGUUCAUGGUUCGGCAAUGAGCAGUGGGCACGUGGAUAUUCAGAAGCGUAUGUGUAAUUUAUUUUUGUAAGGGAGUUCAUGAAGUUUUUAGAAGAAGUUCGUGAAACUGGCGGUCUGGUUGUGGACAUAUCUCAAGCCAAUAUGACUGGAAGCAUGAACACGGGUCCAAGAAGUCACACCAGUCGUCAUGUAAGCCAUAUUUUGUUCUGUUUUAUGUAUUUUAUGAUUUCAGGCGAGUAGCUUGUUUGAACAGAACUACACUCAAAGGUCGAGUAGCGUCCCCAGAGGCGCUCGCCACGUCGAAAGCCAUGUCGAAAAAGCCAAUUUGAUAGAUCGCAGUACCAUCUCACAGACGCGCACAGGUAAUAAUUUCUAAAAUGCCUAUUCGGCUUGACAGUUUAUUCAUAUUUUAUGGGUUCCUUUCGCUUUUGUCAUUUCAUUUCUUUGUUUAGUUGAAUGGCGGUGAAGUGCAACCUUAGUUAGAUCCUCACCUAGAAUGUGCCAUUGUGUUUGAUGGUGAGGAUUGAUUGUUGUGUUCAGAAGACGUCGAACCGGUGCCUCAGAAACCUUCUCGUGGAAUCAGUCGUCGUUUCCUUCCGGAGCCACCACGCUUCUUGACGACUCUGCCUCAACAAAUCACUCUCAACGCCAACGAAAAACUGAUCCUUUCGGUGGAUGUUAGUGCAGUUCCAGCCGCCGAGAUCAUGUGGCAGGUAAACGGCUUCGAGUUGAAAUGCACCAGAAACGUCGUCCUGCUCAACGAACACAACAAGUGCACCCUUGUGGUGCAUCCGCCUGUCAAGCAGGGCAAAUACAAGGCGACGGCCGUGAACGACGUCGGAAGCGAUUCCGUGGUCACCAACGUCACCAAGUUGGGCGAAGACAACGUCGAAAUCGAAGAACCGCCCGGCAUAACUGAGGCCGCAGUCACGGUGACCAGCUCAGUUCAUGAGGACGACGCUAUGUCGCACUCCUCUUUCCAAACUGUCAGAAAACGCGAGUGGAUUGAAGAGGAAAUCGAGGAGGUCACCGUCACAGAAGACGUCGUUGUACCAGCAGAACCCGAAAAAUCGACGGAAGUCGCAGAAAAAACGAAUAAAGUCGUGAAGAAACAAACGAUAGCCUCAAGAAAACUUCCGUUCGCACCAAGAAUUGUAGAUAGUCCGACAACGCCGAUACGAGUUAAAAGUGGAGCCUCCGUCACAAUGAAGAUCGUUGUGGAGGCUCUUCCUCCAGCUUCUUUCAUUUGGACAUUGAACAGUUUUGAACUCAAAUCUUCGAAAAAAACAAAAAUAAUAAAUGAAGAGAACACGAGCGAAAUAACGUUCAGCGAAGGACACCCAGGAAAACUGAGCGUUAUUGCGCGAAACGAGAAAGGAGAGGCUCGCUGGGACGGGAAAAUCGUUCUAUUGUAUGACGUUUCCCCGCCAAGACAAGUUCAACAAGCGGAGAGAACGGAAGAAGUUGCGGAAAUUCAAGAGACGCAAUACAGUCUUCAAGAAGCAGUAAUCGUCGAACUGAUGCCGAUGAGUGUGAAGCGCGGCGAAAUGGCUGAGCUCACCAUGAGAGUUGACGAGAGAAAGACAUCUCCCUGCAACUUUUCCUGGUUUCUCAACGGCUCUCAACUCUCAUCCAUGGAAUUCGUGCAAAUAUUCACCUCGGAGUAUGAGUCUGUUCUGACGAUAGAGAGUGUGAGCGAGACGACGUCGGGAGAAUUCGUCUGCGUCGUCGAGAACGAAGAAGGACAGUCGACCCAUUCUGCGGCGCUGCUUCUGAUGCGUGAGUUCUGUUCUCAUUUGCUGGUUCGUCGCAUAACUUGCAUGAGCUUUAUUUUUUCAUCGCUCACAUUAUUUCGACCUUAUUUCAACCAGAUUUAACCUUUAUGAAUCGAAUUCAAAACGGGUAUUCAACAUGUUGCUUAAAAAUCUCUACUUUUAAGACGGCCAGUUAUUAACUAGUGGUGUUUUUUUUUUUGGAUUUUUUGACUAUAAACACAGAUAGAUCCAAAAAGUGUAAUUUCGGAAUGAAAUAUGAAUCGAAAAACCCAACGCUCGUUUCUAACCGGCUAACCUAAUAAUAGGAAAUUUAAAAAGCAGAUAGGUCACAUUUUUUUUUUUCACUAAAAGCUAAAAAUUUGAUAGAUAUUAUUGAGCAAAGGGAUUUUACAAAUUUCGAAAAUUUUCAAUCAAAAAUUGGAAGGAAGUAUUUUUAUGUUGGUUGAAAGAUCUUCGAUCAGGAUUGAUCAUCGACCUUCCGUGAAGAAAAAGUUGAGUUGAAUUCCCGAUUUCCAUUGGAUUCUGAAGAAAAAAUGGUUGAAAGAGGCCCAAGAAUAAGAAUAGUUUUUUCGUGAACGUGACAUCUCAGGCGAAGAUGAUUCUUUUGAAAUGGUACCUCCUGAUCUUCCGGAAGAAUCUGCGCCCAAGAUCAUCGAACCUCUUCAUUCCGCAACGUUCAUUGACGGUAUGUUUUUUGAAUAAAAAAUCUAUAUUUUUCAAUCAUAAUACAGGUCAGCCAAUGUCUCUACGGUGCCGCAUCACUGCAAACCCGUCUGCUGCGAUAAUCUGGUCGAAAGAUGAUCUUAACGUUGAGGAAUGGGUCCUCAAUAAAGAUGUGACUACUCAGGUUAUUUAGUCUGGAAGCUUGACUCGAAUGUUGGUGAUUCAGGUGCUGGAAGGAGGAGUUUGCGAAUUGCUGAAUCCGGAAUGUUUUGUGGAGGACGGAGGUCUCUACAAGUGUACAGCUACAAAUCCUCACGGCACUGCUGAAACUGCGGCUUUCAUCAACGUCGAAGGUGACUAGAAUCUUUGAAGCGUUUCCAAAAUGAGAUUUUAGGCGUUGAAUAUCAAAAAGAUCGAGAGGAAGCUUCCAUGUCAGAGUCAGUUCUGACAGACGACGUCCACGUCAUCCUCCCACCCAAGUUCACUGAACAGCUUCUAGCCGAAGUGGAUAGCAUCAAAGAACUCGGAUAUGUUCGCCUCGUUUGCACAAUCCAGAGGUUAAUUUUUCGAUUAAAAAAUAAAAAAUAGAUUUUGAUAUUCAGCGUUGUCCCUGCUACCAUCUUUUGGUACAGAGAUGGAGAGGAGCUCACAGAAUCUAGCAAGUACGAGAUCUUCCAAUUUAGCGAUGGCGCUCAAAUCCUCACCGUUCAUGAUGCAAAUGUCAACGACGCAGGUAAAAAAUUCUUUCUGAACAUAAAUUUCACACCGGGUGAAUAUUGAAAGAUUUUCAAGCUUUUAAAGUUGAAAAAAGAGGCGAAGGAUCAAAAUUUCAAAUCUAUUUGAGCUCAAAAGCUGAAGGAGUUGACAAAAAUAAAGAUAAAUAAAAUUUUCGGUUGUUCCAUGGAACAUUUCCGGCUUUUUUCAACCUUUGAAAGGCCUCAUAAAGUUUUUAACCACUAAAUGCUCGAAAUUGUUUCAAUGGCAGGCGUGUACACAUGUACUGCCGAGUCGGAGCACGGCGUGAGCAGCAGCAGCUGUGCCGUCGACAUUUCUCCAGUCGACGUUCGCGAGACUGACAUCGACGAUGACAUUGAAGUCGUUGAGAUCGAGGUCCCCAAGCAAGAAGUCACUGGAACGACCUUGAUUGAGCGAGAAGAAGGUUAACAAAAAGGUUUUCAAGUCUUAUCUGAGAGGAUAUUCAAGAAGAGUUCAAACUUCUCAUCAAAGUCGCUGACAACGUUGCUAGCACUUUGGUCGCCAAUGUCUUUAUGGAUGCUGUUCGUGAAGCCGUGAGGAAGCUCGUCGAAAAUGAAGAGGUCAGUCGAAAUCGCAAUAAAAGGAAGUAUUUCAUAUAAUAGGAUGAACAAGCAGCUGUUGACACUUCAAAUCCACCGCACUUCUUGACGAGUAUGGAUGAGUUCAGUGUCUACGAAAAUGAGAGCAUCAAGGUUCUCCCUUUUAGAUUUCAUAUUUUUUCUCAAAAUUUCCGAUAUUUGUUUGCCAUUCUAGAGAUUUUAUGCUAAACUUCAGCAAAAUGUUCAUAUUUUACUUCCUAACUUCGAAAUCGAGAAAAAAUGUAUGUCUACAGAGCAUCAGAAUAUUUUUUUCAAAUAACUACAACAAAAUUGCGCAAAUUGCAGAUGACCACAACUGUCGCUGGUCAUCCGAUACCGUUUGUGGAAUGGUACUUCGGAGAAGAAAGGAUGUCCAUCUCAGAGUGAAAAAAGGAUUCUCAAUGCAUUUUAAUUUUUUCAUUUCAGAAAAGUGAGUAUGUCCUAUGAGAAGGGAACUUCUUCGAUCACGCUGAAAGACGUGGUCUUGUCACAAGCCGGCACCUACUACUGUCAUGCGACCAAUGUCCACGGAACCAGCGUCCUUUCGAUGAAACUCGUAGUUCAUCCGACGCGAAACAUUCCACCAAUCACCAUUCACGAAGCAGAAUUCUCAUCUGCUGAAGUCCGAACUGCUCCCAAACCGACGGCUGAAGAGGUUUUUGCUCCACUUCCCAGUUUCCUACUUGAACCGGUAACUUUUAGGAGCUACGAGCAGCGGCUGAAAAAAUUUCCGAAGAGUUCGCUUUUAACUGGACUCAACAAGCAGUUCAAGAGGUUGGGCUUUUUUGUGUAAGGGUCAAUAAUUUAACAAUUUCAGAUGGGAGACAUGAAAAAAGCUGUUCCUCCGCGCGAAAAGAGCCCAUCACCGGAAGAGACGCAGAAACGGCUCACUCCGACGCUUAUGGGAUACGAUGAAAAGGUUGAGAAAAAGAUAUUGACAUUUUUUGAGCAGCAAAAGUUCAGGUGAAAACAAUCGAGAGUAACCUUCAUCGAGUAGCUUCACAAGAAAAUUUGGAGCCUCUGGAAGCGACCAAUAUGCUAUUAACGACUGCCAUGUCGCUCAAGGCAACUACCAUUUGGAGUUUCAAAACAAUAUUCCCUUCCUUUUCAGGAGCAGCACGUUUGCGACGAUCAAACAACAGUAGUUGUGCACCAACAGCCUCAGAAUUGCGAACAAGUCGUCACGGUCCUCGAGUCGAAUGUGGAGCAGCACCAACUUCGACUUACCACCACGCCGUCGACGCCAUUGAAGUUUAUCGACUUCGAUACGAUCCUCCAGAAGCCGAGCACGUCUUGCGAAUCGAUUGACAAGAGUUUCUUGGCCAAGUCCAACAAGACUGCCAAUGCACAGCACAGGAUCGUCGUUUUGCAAGGAAUUUCCAACACUUUUCACAAUGCUAUCACUUGGAGCUUGAAAAAGGUUUUCUUUUCAUGCAUUAGUUGUGUUACGACAAAAAGGCAAAUUUUCUGCCGCAUUAUUGAUAUUUUCCCCUUUUCAAAAAAUUUUACUAAUUUCUUCCAUAAAUUGGUCUUCUGAAAACCAUUGAAGAAUAAUAAAAAAAAAGAAAAGAAUAUGGAUAUAGAAAAAGUAUUACGGUAAAAAGGUUUUUUUAUUUCGAAAAAUACAUUUUCCAGCACUUUUUUCAUACCUAAAAACUUAUUUCAUAUCAAAAUGUUUAGAAAAAUUUUUUUCAAAUAUCUAGGUGCGAAAGCUGGUGGGAGACGAAGAGACGAAAGCUUUCGCGGAUAUUGAAGUUGUCAAGCAAAACGAAAGAAAUGAACAAGUCAUGACCAUCAUCGACAACGAAUCUAUCGUUCCAGAGCUCUUACAAAUCGCCGCAGCCGCUAACAAACUGAAGGUUUUAUCACUAUAGCUGUUCAUGUUACAAUAAAACGAUCCAGCUCGAAAACGUAAGUGUGGCUUUGAUCCGAGAAGGAGACAGGGCUCACCAGGAGUUGGUCAUUGAAUAUGAGAGCUCGAUUGACGAGGCCAUGCCGCCUGUCAACACUUCGCAUCUUGUUUAUGAACGACGUCCACCCACGGUCUCAGAACGGACAAAAUAUCGUUAAAAUUAAAUCUUUCAGGGCCCUCGAGAACAUUUCUGGACUCGAAGAUCAAAGUCUCAGGUUAAAGAAGAGUCACAAGUGGUUGCAGUGUUUGUGGAGGUGGACGCGAACUGUCCAGAUCAAAACGUUGAGAUAAUAGCGACGGUCAAUACUCCAUUUGACACAAGUCAAAAUGCAGAAGAGCCGCUAAAUACUGAAUCAAACUAUUCGAUAGCUUCUGAAUUGAGUGCUGCGCCACAGCCACCCAAGUAUCCCUUCAAGGCGGAAGCUGGGUUCUAAAUAAGAGUUAAGGUUCCUACGAAAGCUGAUCGACUGCCAUGGAAAAGUUGGAGCGCUGGUGCAGCUGAAGUGCGUCAUCAGCGGAACGCCGACUCCAGAAGUGGCAUGGUCCGUGGACGGAGAUCCCAUCGUCCCCAAUGAGUGAGAAGCACGGAACAGUAUGAGAAUAACUUGCUGUUCAGUGAGUACGACAUCGUUUAUGAGGACGGCGUGUGCAUUCUGAGGAUCAAAGAAACGCUCAUUGAAGACGAAGGCGAGUACUGCUGCGAGGCGUUCAAUAGUGCCGGCCGUACUGAUACCAAGUGUUUCCUCAAGCUUACAGGUACGCUUCAACACGAAUUUUCACAAUUUUUCAAAGGUAUUUGAGACUCUCCUUGUCAGAAAAAAAAAACGUCAAAAUACUACGGUAAUUUAACUUCGAAUUUUUUCUUUGUAUUAUUUCUCGGAAGUUUUCAUUUGUAGUGGAUGAAAUUCGGAAAGACGCGACCGGCAAAAAUUUUUAUCUCUGAGAAUUUUUGCCUCAAAGUAAGCGAAGUCCUGUGGCGUUUGAAUGAGCCAUGUAGAAGGUUAGAGCCACACUUCCCAAUAAAUAGAAAAUUGUGCACGCUCAAGUUUUUGGGAUUUUUUUUCUGGUUCAUCUCAAAAAGUUUUUGGCUCCUUACCAGGGAACGUUUUUUACCCCCCGGUUGAACUUUUGCUGAAACUUUGCUGAAGUGUACUUUAGGACCCCCUGAUUGCAGAUCAAGAAGAAAAUUUCUCGAAAUAGAUCUUGUUUCCGAGUUAUGGAGCUUCAAAGUGUGCAAAAUACGCAAAUUAGGCCAAAAAAGCGCAUUUCGGGCUUUUGAAGUGUCCUAACUAGAAAACGAGAUCUAUUGCGAGAAAUUUUCUUCCUGUUCUGGAAUCAGGGGGUCCUAAAGUACACUUCGGCAAAGUUUCAGCAAAAGUUCAACCGGGGGGUAAAAAACGUUCCCUAGUUAGCAAAGUAUGCCAUGAGUAAAAACAGAGCCAUCAGCUAGAAAAAAAAUCUUGUUUAUCGCCUAUAGUCAAAUCAUUUCUAUUAAAAAAAAGACAGUUUGAAAUUUAGAAAAUGGAUCACAUUAUAGAAGAAAUUUUCUAUGCAAAAUUAAUUUCAAGGAAUACUGAAUCAACCCUAUCAAACAUCUUUCAAAUGAAAUAAAGUUUCCAAUUGGAAGAGAUGGGUUUCAAAUACCUUUGAAAAUGUCUAAACUUUCCAUCAAGGAGCAGCAUCAUUCACAAUGUGAAAGAAACUAAAAUGAAGCGCUUGUUAAACAAAAAAGAAAGAAAUCUUCGAAAAAAGCUAGUUCCCUCCUCAAUUUCUACGCUCUUUACCUCAUCAUCUAACUGCUUACCAUUUUCUUAAACUAAUUUAACUCGACUUCUUCUCUUUUUCGUUCCGUCUCGUCUCCCAUUGUGUGUGUCGGGCUGCUUGUUGUUGGUUGGGAUUGACGCUUCUUAGUUAGACUUCUUUUUUCUUUCUUUCGCGCAUGAAUUUGCCGUUUGCUUUUCAGAGGAAGAAGUGUCUCCGGUGACGGCUUCCUUCAACAACGACUUGGCCAAAGUCGAAGCUUUCCAAAAGUUUGUCGAAACAGCGGAAACGGCAGUCAAAGUCACUGAGUUGGUGCAAACCGAUAUGUUGAAGGCCACAAUCAAGGAGCCUCCGAUCAAAAAGAAGUCCAUUGCCACAAGCACGACGAACUUGAUGUUCAGCAACCAAAAAACAGAUGCGCGGAUGGAAGCUUUCUCGACUAUUCUGGAGCCCCCAGAAGAAUUCCAGGAAUCUUUUUGCAGCAGUGCUUCAUGGGAUCUCAUUUUCGCCAAUCCCUUUUCUCAAAGCGAACCUGAAAAAAUAUCACAAGAAAAAUCUUCAUUGUACGAGCCUCGAACUCCUCUUCUUCCGCAGAAGUUGUUCUACAAAGGCCAAGAAAUAUCUGUGAACAGCAUUGACACGACUAAAAACGAUGAAGAAUCGAAUAAAAAAGUGAUUGAAACGUGUCUGCAGUUCAACACCGAAGUCGAAGUUUCAAACGGAAAAACAGCCAUGAAAGGAAAUGCGAAUAGUUCUCCUUCAAAGACUGAAUUCAUUAUGGUAGAUAAAAUGAGAGAAAUUGAAAGAAUUGCCCAACAAGUUGAAGAUGAACUCAAAACUUUGAAGGGAUCGACACACAUUGAUAACUUUGGCAGUGUUUCUUCGAUUGAGGAAGCUAUUUUUCGCAUCUCUGAUCAAAUCGUCAUGCAGAAGCCGAUCUCCGAGGCUCAAGCUCAGGCUAGCGAGGAGCUGCUUCGCACUACCCUUGCCGACAUGAUUUUGAACCACUCAACCAAUUCGUCCCAACAGUUCUCGAAACCUAUUGCUUCACUGAAGAAAAAGCUGGCCGACAUUGAAAACAGUUUACUUGAGGACCAAGAAGUCACAGAAAUCUUGGCUGACCAGAAAAAUUGUCUACGUCGUCGAGCAAAGCGAGUGAAGCGAGUACCAAGUGCGCAUUCUAUGCGCAUCACUCCCAUCACAACCAACAUUCAGGAGAAACUUUCUCAGCUUCACAAAAUGACUCUUGAGCGCGAAGAGGAAACAGUCGAACACGCCGAAAACGACUUGUGCGACGUCCAUCGUUUGUUUGUCAGAAUCAACGAAGAGAUUUGCGUGAUAUCUGACUUGUGCAAAAAGAAGAUGACAAAAGAAGGCGCCGAUGCUGUCAUUCACGUCAUGAAUUCUGUUCUCCAACACAUUUCCAGUAUUAUAUCUGUGCUGAAUGUGGCUCAAAACAUCGAACCUCAUGCUGUGGAAACCACAGUUUGGUAUAGAUUCGAAGUUAGAACUGAAGAAGAAGAAAUUAUUGGCAUUGUUGACGUUGAACCUGAAGCUGAUCUUUCGGCUCUGACACCGAUCAUCGAAAGUGAAGAAGUCCCUGAAUUAGCCCCAACACCACAGCUUCGCAAUAAGAUGGAAGAGAAAGAAGAAGCUGUUUUCCAGGAAAAUCCUCCAAUCGCCCCACCGCGUCGUAGAAAAACUCCCUCAAUGGAGCCGUCAAUUGAAAAAAAAGAACUUCUACAAAGUGUUGCUCCGAUUGCUCCACCAAGGCGUCAUAGAGCCUUUUCGACUGAACAAAAAAGGGGCGAAGAAAAUUCUCGAGACGAACCUGUGCAGAAAGAAGUAGAGUGUGUCUUGUCCACGCAAUUUGGUCGGCUCGACGUGUCUUUUUCAAAUUUUUUGGAAGAAGAAGACUCUGCAUAUGGUUUGGUAGAUGCUCAUAACGAGCUAGGACUGGAAUAUGUCAUAGCCGACGACAUAUCCUCAGUUCAAAUGUUCUGCGAAGAAUCUGACUACGCUACGGACACGGAAAGAUCUGCACUGCUUUGUGGAACAGUCCAGAUUUUCAACCGUGCAUCUCCAGCUUAUUCUGAAUUUGGGCAAGCGGAAUCUGUAUCAGCCGAUAUAAAAACAGAAAAUGUAGAAGACGUGGUGGUUAAUGUCGAACUUCACUCAGUUCCUUCACUUACCUCUCUCAGUUCAAUCAGUUUAAAAACAUUCAAUCUUCCUACAGACGAUGUAUCCUACAAAGAAGAAGGCCGCAGAACAUUGAUAACUCCAACGGAAGAAGUGAGCCAAGAAGUAAGCAUUGUGCCCAAGUCCUUCUCAGACGAAACACUUGAUGUCGUUCUAGAGGAAAAAGAGUUGUCACAAAUGGUUGGAUCAAGCUUCGUUGAUUUUGAUUAUAACCGUGCCAACUCGGCGAACACGAUUCGCGAAACAGACAUCCUCAGCGACGAAUCCAUGACUCACGAAUUGGAAUCUUCUCAAACAUUUGAAACUUUCACAAUGCGGAGAGAAGGUCAGCGACGUCGGGUGACUGGAAUCGUUGUCUACACACUCUACUACACGUUGGCCGCCAACGUCGCCGCAGACAACACUUUUGACGUUGACAUCGUGCAAGAACCUCAAAAGUACAGCCUCUCCAUCAAAGUCGUUGAAGAUACGAUCGACUUCACCUCCCUAACCAUCACUUCAGACACCGAAGACGUCACUCUCGACGAAAAAAUAAUGAGUGCUGACACUCUCUUAUCAACUUCAAACGAUGACUUGAGCGAAGCGACUACCCGCACUGGCAUCACUGUUUCAAUUGUUGCUAGGAGCUUAAAAGAUGGAAUCUACGCAUCUCUGGAAGAAAUAGCCUGGGGCGAAGUGACAAUGUCUUUGGAAGCUAUUCAGACAAGCAUGGAAGAGGAGUCUAAGCAGAGCUCCGUGCAAUUCAACGUCACGGUUUCAGAAACCAACCUCGAGGAGAACAAAUCCUUAAAGUCUCAAAUGUCGUUCAAAAGCUCGCAAACUUCAGUUUCAGAGCUGGACAAUACUGUCAGCUCCAAUACGAUAAGCAUUCCAAGUUAUGUUAUCAAGCUUGCUUCGACAGCAACGAUAACCUGCGAACUGAACAACUAUCUGCCUCAAAACUGCACAAUCGACUGGUACUGCGGCAAGGAAAGGAUCGAAGACGUCGGUGGGCAGUUUGACCGAAUCAGCCACGACCUUCUGGAAGUACUCAUCAUCAGAUAUGUCGAACCACAACACGGAGACCUUUACAGCUUGAAAAUCAACGAUGACGUGUUCCCAGUCGCAUAUCUGAUUGUUGAAAACAGUGCUGACAAUGAAGCACAAAUUUUGACUCGCCCUCAGACGCAGUUUGUCAUGGAAGGUCAGCCGACAGUCAUCACCUGCGUCGUCGACAAUCCAGAUGCCACAGUGACCUGGGUUAAAGACAAAAGGCCUUUGAGAACGACUCCCAGAAUCCUCAUCGAGCACGACGGCGACGGCACUCAUCGAAUCGUCUUCACUACUGCUCAAAUUUCGGAUCAGGGCACUUACGUGGCAAUGACGUCAUCUCAUAGCGUCGCGAUCACGAUGGUAGUGGAAGGUUUGCAUGAGCGUGGUAGUUUCUCAACUAAUUUGCUUGCGUUUCAGAGCUGAUCGAUGAGAAGGAAGUGACGGUUAUCGCCUCUGGGACAGAAAGCGAGGAAGAAGACGUGCAGGAAUAUCUGGUGCCACCAGGCAGCACGGCGACCAUCGCCUGCGAGCUCGAGGAGUGCGAGCAACAACGGGCGAUUCGCUGGCUUCGCGACGGCAAGGACAUCGUCUUCUGCAGCGGCAAGGCCGAGCACGUGCAGAACGGCCUAAAACACUACCUCGUGAUCCACGACGCCGCCAGCACUGACUCAGGCCUUUACAGCGUCUGCAUCUCCAACGUCGAGUUCCGUGUCGCUCACCUUUGUGUUAACAGUCUGACAUCUACAUUGCAUGCUCUGAAACGAAAACGCAUUUCCAAUCAUUCGUUGCAUUGAAACAGAUUUGGAUAAGGCCCACAGAAAGAUAAUUUUAUUUCAUCUCGUAUCUUUAUUCAGAAGAAAAAUAAACUAAAAAGUAGAAAAAUAAACAAUUAGUAGCUUUAGCCCGAACCUUCCCAUUUGAAAGCAGUCAGGCCGCUUACGAACUUUUUUUUUCUUUCCAGACAGACCUCUCUCUUUUCUCCAGCCUUUAACAUAUCGUUGAGUUUAAAAAGAUUAACAGAAAAUUCAAAUUUUUCAUCUACUUCGUAUUGCAUGUUACUAACCUGAUAACUUAAAUGUAUUCGAAAUCUUCUUCCAUUCUGAGGACUUAAAUUUUCAUGUAUUUUUGAGUACAAAAGAGUAUGAACAUAUUUUGACCGUAUAUAAAGAGUUUUUUUGUUUCCAUUAUUUAUUUCUUGUUUAUUUUCUUGUGAAAUAAACGGAAUCUAUUGUUAUUUUGAAAAAUUUUAUAAAUUUCUUUCUUUCAUACGUUCGUGAAUGAUGCUUGACCUUGCAAAACAAAUAAGGAAGAGUGGAAACUGAAGAGAAAAAAACUCAAACUCAGCUGGCGAAGAGAGCGACGAAACGGUUGUUCCUUGUGGUGUCAUUGCGACGAUUCAAUGUCAAACUUCGGAUGUUCACGAAAAAAUCACAUGGGCAAAGGUAAUUGGUUGAACUUGAAAAAAUAACUUUGCUUAUAGGAGUUUAUAUUUGAAAAUUUAUAACUCUUCAUAAAACAAGCGAAUCUUCUUAAACGUUGUAUGCUUUUCGGCAAACCCUACAACGCACCCAUGAUUUUACGCACCAUAAUUUUUGACACCGUUAAAUAAUUUUAAGCACCUAAGUAUUUUUUCGCACCCAAGCAAUUUAACGCACCUAAACAAACUUGAUAAAAAUUUAUGAAGUUCAUACCAGAGGAUUUUCGGCCGAUACUUUUUCGAACCAAUGCUUAGACGAACCAAUUUUUGGUAUUUUAUAUAUAUGUUCAUUUGUUUUUUAAAUCUUAAGAGACCGAGAAUAUGAAUUUCUAGCGAUCGAUGCCUUUCCGAUUCGUUUGUAUACUUUUCCUACCUAACAUUUUUAUUCUUUUUCGAUUCGUACUUCAAUUCAUUUUUCAGAGAGCACCAAUCUUUCGAUCCCCUCAUUUUAGGCUGGUUCCAUAUAAUUUUUCUCGCCCAUAACCGGCUGUUAGCUCUGCCCUUGACUAUUCAGAUACCUCUGUUCAGAUCAUUUUUUUUUCAGAUCACAUACAGCUCAGUCGAUAAAAUCUGUGAACAACGAAAUAAUUGAUUGCUUGAAAAAAAAACAAAAAAGUUUUGAAAAUCUGAAUGAUCAUGCUAAGAUUAGGACACUUGGUAGUAUCUUUGCCGACGUCAUUUCUAAUCUCAGUCGACUCCAAAAUAAGUCAUAGAUCCUAUACUUCCAAAUUCAAACUUCGGUUGGAAUCAAAAAAAUUGUUGAAAAAAUUUGAAAAAAAAAAUCUAUCGCUAGAAAUUCAUAUUCUCGGUCUCUUAAGAUUUAAAAAACAAAUGAACAUAUAUAUAAAAAUACCAAAAAAAUUGGUUCGUCUAAGCAUUGGUUCGAAAAAGUAUCGGCCGAAAAUACUCUGGUAUGAACUUCAUAAAUUUUUAUCAAGUUUGUUUAGGUGCGUUAAAUUGCUUGGGUGCGAAAAAAUACUUAGGUGCUUAAAAUUAUUUAACGGUGUCAAAAAUUAUGGUGCGUACUAGCAUGGGUGCGCCAAAUGGUGCAUAAAAUCAUGGGUGCGUUGUAGAGUCGGCCUGCUUUUCUGGUGCACUGACGCGAGAACCGGACAGUUUAUUUCAAGAUCCAUAUUUCGGCCUAAAACCUUGUUUUUUACAGAAUGACGCACUGUCACACCCAAAAGGCGCCUCGACGCGCUGAAUUAAAAUAUUUUUGCAUUAUUUUUGUUCUCAAAUUUAUGUUUUUUUCUAAAAAAAAAAUUCCUGGAUGAAAAGGGUCUAGCUUCGAUUUGAUUACAAAUGGAAAAGGAAAAAUCGGAAUGUUUUGGUUUUCGCUUCACUUAAACAAAAGCUUCAAUAUACUAUUAAAAAAAUUUUUCUAACCGGAAAAAUGAUUUCGAUGCGAAGAAUGGGGCCCUUGCGCGUUUCUCUUGAUCAAAUGAAUGGAAUAACACUGAGAAUGAGGAGAAGGAUGAAAAUGAAAGAAACCUCAACAAUAAUGAGAUGAAAACAAAUAUGGUUUAGCUUCUUUGUUGACCGGCUUUUUGGAAGUAAUACUCGAUGAAAAUCUUAUUUUUGUGAACGUUGCUUUUUUUCAGCCUUCCGCUCCAAAUAGUUACAAAAAAAACUUGAGCUCUGUUUGUAAAAAGUUCUAAACGGAAAGUGAGCAAAAGAAAAACACAAAAAGAUACAGAAAAUAGUGAGAAUAUUUUUGAACAGAAAUUUCUGACUUCGAAAAAAAAAACUGAAUUAGGAUGGCGUUGUUCUCGAGUUGGGAGGCCGCUUCGAGGCGCGAACGUCAGCCGAUGGGCAUCAUCACGAGCUCGUCAUACACGACGUCCAGCCUUCUGACGCCGCCGUCUACUCUAUUCUUAUUGGAGAAAUUUUGACUACUGUUUCACGAAUUACUGUCAUAGGUUUCUUUCUUAAAUAAUGCUUCCUUAGUUGGUAUGAUUUUAGAAAGCAAUUUCCUCAGUGAAUCGAUCAUUGAAGAGCCUGAAGUAGACGUUUCCCUUCAUGUCCUAUCAGCCAAAGAACAGUGCCAGUUCGAUGCCACACAAACUUUGAGAAAAGAGCAUCAAGAAGAAGCCGAAGGAGCGGUCAUAGCAGAUGACAGAAACAUGGAAGGAGCCCCGGAAGCAGCACCCGAGGCAGAAAGCCGAGAAAUCAUCGUUCAGGUCCUCAAAGAAGAACCGAAGGAGGCUGGAGAAGCCAUGGAAGCAGCACCUAUGGCCGAAACUUCAGAAAUCGACCAAAUCAUCGGCGAAAAAGAUAAGUUGGAAGGAAGAGAUGAAGAACAUCAGAUGCAAAGACCUGAAGCUGAAAUCUCAGAGCGUCGCGAUUCCGUUGUUGACAGACCCCUUGAAAGUAUGACAGAAAAAACGCAGGAAGCAGCGCCUGCGGUUGAAAGUCUAGAAGUUGACCAGUUCGUUAACGGACCGAUAGAAGAGGAGAAAACCAUUGAAGCAGCAAUCAAGGUUGAAUCCUCAGAAUUCGUAAUCCAGACUCGACAGGAAGCUCAGGAAGCAGCGCCUGAGGCUGAAGUCCCAGAUAUCGCAGAAGAGGUCGUCCGAGAGCAAGAUCAAAAAGAAAUGGCUGAGAACGAAGCUCAGGUUACAGCACUUCGAGCUCAAGUUCUGGAAGUAAAAGCUCAAGCUAUCAAACAGCUUGAAGAGAAAGAAAAAGAACAGAAAAAAGCUCAGGAAGCAGCACCUGAAGCAGAAAGUUCCUUAAGUACUGUUCAAGAAGCUAUGGAGGCAAAUGAAGAAAAAGUAGAAGAUGCUCAGGUAGCAGCACCUGAGAGUCAGACACAAGAAAUUGCCGUCGGCGCCAUCAUUGAUCAUGAAAAUCAGGAAAAAGAAGAAGUUCGAUGUAUAACAUCGGAAGCUCCAGUAGUCGAAGCUCUAGAUGUCAGCAAAAAUGAUCAAACGGAGGAAAAUAGAGCCCAGGAAGCAGCACCUGAGCCUCAAGUUCCGGAACUCGAUGCUCAAAGCGUCAACGAGCCAGAAGAAAAGAGGGAAAAAGAUAUACAAGCAGCAGCGUCCGUUUCUGGAAUCUCCCUGGUUAAAGUUGUCCCCGACCAAGAAAGAAUAAAAGAGCUCGACACUCAGGCAGCGACUUCUCCAGCUGAAGCGCAAAAACUCGGAGAUCAUACUGAAAGUAAACAGAAACAGUCUGAAGAAGAAAUGGAACAUGAACAGGAAGCAGCGCCUGUGACGGAAGUCCCAAAAGUUUCGAUAGAAGAAGUUCUUGGAAAAAUAGAAAUAGAAGUGGAAGAGCGUCAGGUAGCAGCACCUGAAAUCGUAGCUCUUCCAGUCGAUGGCCAGGAGGUCGACAAGACGAGAGAAAACGAAAUAGAAAAGAAACAAGUCGUAGAACUCGAGACUGUAGCUCCGCAAGUCAAUAGAGAACUUGAUCUGAUUGUAACCGAAGAAGAAAAAAUCCGGGAAGCAGCAUCUGAAGCUGAAGCCUUGCAAAUUCCAAACCAGGUCGCCGAAGAGUUGCUAUCCGAGAAAGUGGAAGAAGCUUUAACGGAGUUGACAAACGCUUCUCUUAUCGAAAAGACGGCUUCAACCGAUGUCUCUCCAAGUUCUCAGCCUAAAGAUUCGGGUGUAGAAGUCAACAUAACCGUAGACUUGACUUUCACCAAGAAUUCGGAGCAAAUAUCUUCAGAUGUGAUCGUCGCAGAAGUGGUUGAUGAAGACGGUGGGUUUUCCCAACAAUUGAUAGUGCAAAUUAAAAAUAUUCAGAAAGUUCAACGAUCGCAGAUACAUUGACAUCAUUGUCGUCAAGUCCACUGUACACGGCUCCAGAGUUUUCUACAGCUCUACCGACCUCUAUAAAAUCAGUAAAUGACGUGGUCAAACUUCGAGUCGUGGUUCGAGGGGUUCCCCUGCCCAAAGUCUCUUGGUACAUUGGAAAAACUCUUCUCGUCAAUAAUGAGUUGGUCUUGAAACUUAGACAGAAAACUGAUAACCUAAUUUCAGAGAAGACAUUUUCAUAACGUACGAAGAUGGCGUGAGCUGUUUGAAGCUUCUCAAAACCGAGGAAAAGUUUAUUGGAGUGAUAACAUGUCUAGCGUCAAACUCAGUGGGAAGCAAAACUUCGACCUGCAACAUUAUAUCUGCGGAAGAAGUGAAAGAACUAAGCGAAUUGAAAUUCAAGUUUUUUAAGGUUUCAAAUAUUAGCGAGUCGAUUUGUCGUCCAAUGUUCAUCUCAUUACUUCCAGAAGAACUAACCACCAGCGUAAGUUUCAUUUUAAGGAUUCAAGUUUAAAGUCCUGUUCCGUGCGCUGAAAUCAAUAUUAAUAAAUUUUCCUCAACAAGGAGUUUGAUACAGGUAAACGAGGAAAUCACCUUGAAGUGCACCUUCACUGGCCAGCCUCUACCAGCUGUCCUCUGGGAGAAGAAUGGAGCUCUUUUGGAGCUGAAGUAACUGCGAUCUUUUUUCGUUAAAUAAAUGAAAUUUCAGCUCAAACUACACUGUAACCACAGAAGACGGGAUCAGUUUGUUGAGGAUAGAGAACACAAAAAUUGAGGACACGGCUGUUUUCACUUGCACAAUCGCAAAUGAUGCUGGUUACGAAAGUUCGGCUUGUCGCGUCAAUAUCCAUGGUUAAUUUGCCACUGUUUGAUAAUCAGGACCGUGUUUUUUUUCACAGACGACAACCUGAAAGUGCAGAAGACGAUGGUGCAGGUUAUUUGCGAUCGCGAUGAGAAUGACGUCGCUCUGGACGUUGUCGUCACGUCGCCCAGCAAGAUCGACGCCAGGUUUUCUUUUCCUCCUAUUUCCAGGUCCCUGGCCGAGCAACCGCCCUACUUCUUGCUGCCGCUCGUCGACAAGCUCUACACGAGGACAAGUUGUGCCUUCAAAUGCAUAGUGAUGGGAAUCCCGUUGGUUCUGGUACGCUGGCUUGUUGACGGAGUCGACGUUUCCGAUUCUGAGUUAGUUUUUCAAGUUACGUACCUAACUGGAAAAGCAGCAAAAAUGGUUUGCUGGUUUCGGGAAAGUUUUUUGAUAUUUAUUUGUUGUGACCUCGUUUGCAAUAAAUAUUAUUAUCAUUAUUAUUUUUGGAAAAAAAUUAAUAAAGAAGUUCGAUUUACUUUUGCGAUUAGGAAUUCCUUCAAAAUCGACCAGAAUACUCCUUGAUCUACCAGAAGAUCCUGUCAAAGCCUCAAAAAUAAACCGUUUCAACGGGUUUUGAAAGUUUUUAUUAACCUUGAGAUUUUUCUUUCUCUAAAAACUAGAAGAUUGUGCAGGUUGAAACUUUCAAGGUCUUCUUCUGGUACAUCAAGUAAUUCCCAACUGCCAAAUUAAGAUUCCUUGUGAGAGGGCUAAAUUUUAUUUUUCAAUAGGUUUCAAUUGACCAACUAAUCAGUUACGCAAAAUUGAAGUGAAGUUUUCGUCAAAACUACAUUUAAACAGCUACAUGAAAAGGAAAAGAAAAAAGAAAACUCAUAUAACAGUUAUAUUGAUAUUUUGAUCUUGAGUAGGACAUAAAAAUAUAAAAUUAUCGACUUUAGGGACUACGAAAUCAUUUUCGAAGAUGGCGUUGCCAUACUGAGGGUGAAACAUGCAACAAAAGAAGUCAUGACCGUGCAGUGCAUCGCCAGAAACGCCCAAGGAACGGCCAAAACCAAGUGCACAGCCCGGCGAGCGGCUUCAGCCACGCCUUCUGACGAAGAAUCGCGCUCAGAGGCCGGCGAGAAGCCGUUCUUUCUAGUCCCCCUCAAAGACGUCUGCACGGGCAGCACCCACGCAGUCAUCAAGUGUAUCGUGGGCGGUUCUCCGCUUCCGUCGGUGGCUUGUUCGCGUGAUAAUCAGCCUUUUGAAGACGGGUGAGUAUUAUUCGGAAUUCUAGACAAGUAUCGUUUGUUUCAUACUUCCAUUACUCUGAGAUCUUCUAUCCUUUUUUACACAUCUGAUUCGAAAAAAAAACUCUGAUUUAUCUCUUCAAGGUAAAUGAAUUAAUCUUCCCAAUUUUUUUCAUUUUUUUAAAAAGUAAUUUCUGGGAUAUUUCUUGCCUAUAUCAUGAACAACAAAUAUCUAUUUUUGAAAUUGCGUCAAAAACCUCAAUUUUUUUAAAGCUAAUGCGGAAUGUUUUUUAUUCUCACGAGUAAGAAUAUCUUUAUUUUCGAUUUUGCAGAAUAACUCACGAAGACGGAGUAGUAGUUAUCCGACUCUCGGAUCUCACCGAGGAAGGAACUCUCAUCAGUUGCGUCGCCCAGAACGAGACGGGCGAGUGCAGCACAUCGUGCAUUGUCAAACGCGCCAAGCCCAAUCCUCAUGACUCUCAGAGACCUGUUUUUGUUAGAAACCUAGUCGACAAAACUUAUGACAACGGAGAGGUCGCCCUGAAAGUCGCGGUUGUUUCAUACCCGGAAGCUCAACUCACAUGGAGUCAAAAUGGCGUCAACAUCGUCGAAGACGAGUCAGUCAAUCCAAAUUUGAGCAUAAAGAUUAUGGAUUACAGUGAGCACAGCAUGACGUGCGAAGACGGAAUCGGUAUUCUUCGAGCCACGGGUCUGCGUGGAGGAGAAUGCCGCUUCAGUUGUACAGCUAGAAACGAACAUGGGGUUGUAACAACGAGUUGUACAGUUUCGUGCGGCAGCAUCGUCAGUGAAAGUCCGCCGAUUCUUAUGAAGGGUCUAAAUGUAAUUUUUAUUUUGAUUUCGAUUCGUUCAAAGUUGGAUUUUUUCACUUGUUAUGGGAAAAAUCAAAACAAACGAAUUUUUAGAAGUUUGCCGGGCUUUUUAUAAUGCUGUCAGAUUUUCUUCAUUGACAUAACGCCGCAAAUUGAAAAAAAAGCUUUCUUUCGAUUCUGAAAUAAACUUCGUGCCUUAUUGCAAAAAGCCAACACAGCCAAAACGUAUAAAGAAAUGAGCAAAACUUUUAAAUGGAGUAGCAAAAAAGCGUGUGACUGGAAACUUUUUUUCUGAUGAUAUGAAGGGAAAUCUACUUUGAAUAUAACUUCGAAUUCACGUAAUUAGUAACUUAUAGAAUGCAUCAAGCUUUCUUGUCCUUUUAGAAAAGAAUUUUGUUUACUACAAGAAGCGAAUUUAAGGACCUCGAGACCACAAGCGAUUUCGUACAAUUGCGUGUGGUCUGUGAAGAAAAUGGCUUUAUCUCGUUUUCUUGGUACUGUGAUGACAUCGAGAUAGUUGAAAACUCGUAAGUCGGCGACACAUUUGAGAGAAAACCACAGUCAAAUGAACUACAGAGAGCACCACAAAGUAACGGCUGAAGGGAUAGCUUCUACGCUUCAAUCAUCAGUCUUGGGUAGUCACAAAUAUCGUUGCGACGUCUCGAACAGCUUUGGGAAAGUCACAACAGAAUGCAUCGUUAGCAAACAUUCUCAGCCACAUGAUAUCAAAGCAGACAUCGUUCUACUUAAAAACUCGUAAGCUUUAUUUACAUUGAGAAAAAAAAUAGAUCAAAUUCAGACAAUCCAUCUAUGCGUCUCUUGGCUCCAUGAUAGACAGGAAUGAAGAAACGAGCAUGAGAGCAGUGACAGAAACUGACAUACCAAUGAAUGUGGUAUGGAAAGCAGAUGGAAGGCCAGUGCAUGAGAAAAACUAA